CGCUGUCAUGUCAAGCGCGACGCUCGUGCACCGGCACGUGUUUGGGCUCAAGGCCAACGUCGCCAACGCGGCCACGUACGUCGACGACCAGAUGGUCGCGUACCCCGCGGGGCACAGCCUCGUUGUGUACGGGCUCGACGACAAGAAGCAAAAGUUCAUCACGUGCACGGAGAACACCGAAGGCAUCACGUCGCUCUCCGUGUGUCCGAGCCGCCGCUUUAUUGCGAUUGCCGAGAAGAGCGAGCGCGGCAUCGUGAGCAUCUACGACCUCAAGACGCUCAAGAAGCGCAAAGUGCUCACGACGUCUGAGAGCCUCAGCAAGACCUUUGUGAGUAUGGAGUUCAGUGCGGACAACCAGCUGCUCUUGACCCAAGGAGGCGCCCCCGAUUGGACGCUCGUGUGCUGGAACUGGGCCAAAGGCAAGGCUGUCGCGAGCAUGAAGCUCCACACGGCGACGCCGGCCGGGAACGCGGCGGCGAACCCGCAGUUCGUGACGCAGUGCUCGUUUUCCAACGUCGACCCAUCGAUCGUGUGCUGCACCGGCAUCAACUUGAUCAAGUUCUUCCGCAUCGUCGACACGGCGUUCCGACCGAUGCCGAUGGCCCGCGUCGACGCGACCAACCUCCUCUGCCACACGUGGCUCAAGCAAAAAGAAGACGAGGUCGUCGUCGGCACAGCGGCCGGCGACUUGCUGCUCUUUCGCGCCGGUGAGUUUGUGUGCCGCCUCCUCGCGUCGCCCGGCGACUCGCGCAGCAUCGUGUCCAUGGUCUCGACGAGCAAGGGCAUCGUCGUGGGCAGCGACAAGUCGAUGGUGAGCUUGUUUCUGGUCAAUAGCGACCGCAACGCACCGGCCACCGAGAGCUUGACAUUCUCCAAGUCGAUCAAAGUCGAGAGUGCGAUUUCCCGCGUCGUCGGGCUCACUGUGAGUCCGAACGAAGACAUGAUCGUCGCCGCGCUCUCGAGUGCCCAGAUUUACAUUUUCCCGUACCAAAUGAAAGACUCGUUCAAAACCGAGGAAAUCGAGGCACUCGUGACGCCGUUCCACCGACCUGGCGAAAAUGGAUGCCUCCAUGUGACGGGCAUGGACGUGUGCGUGCGCAAGCCCACGAUCGUCACGUGCGGCCUCGACAAGACGGUUCGCGUGUGGAACUAUAUUGACCGAACCUGCGAAGUGUACAAGCAGUUCACCGAAGAAGCCCAUAGCGUCUCGAUGCACCCGAGUGGACUUCACAUCCUCGUGGGUUUCGCCGACAAGCUCCGGCUCAUGAACGUGCUCAUGGACGACAUUCGACCUUUCAAGGAGUUUACGAUCAAGGCGUGCCGCGAGUGCCAAUUUAGCACGGGCGGCCACCUUUUCGCAGCGGUGAACGGCAACACGAUCCAAGUGUUUUCAAUGAACACGUGCGACUUGAUUGCGAAUCUUCGCGGGCACAACGGCAAAGUCCGCAGCUUGUACUGGAACUAUGACGACUCGGGCGUCAUCAGCGCCGGCAUGGACGGCGCCGUGUACCAAUGGGAUCUUGACGAAUCCAAGCGCGACGGCGAGUUUGUGCAGAAAGGCGUCCCGUACUUUUCGGCCGUCUGCAACCGUGAAGGCACCUCGGUGUUUGCCGUCGGCGCCGACAAGAUGCUCAAGGAGAUCGAGUUCCCAGCCUCCACGCUCUCGAAAGAGUUUAACGCGGAAGUGAUGCUCGGGCAAAUCGUGCUCUCCAACUCGCAACGAAUGCUGUUUGCGGGCGCGGUCGAGCCCGACAAACUCGGCACCGUUCGGUCGUACAAAUUUCCGCUCACGGGGGAAUUUACCGAAUUUCAGUGCCUCAGCGGCCCCAUCACGCGCAUGCGCAUCUCGUUCGACGACUUGUAUCUGCUCGUGUGUGGCGAAGACGGUGUCGUGUGCAUUUUCGAGAUCCGCGACAAGGAAGGUCGGGCGCGGGCUAAGGACGGCCGCGAAAACACCGUGUUUGCGGAAGAAAUCCUCGUCACCAAGAGCGACCUCGAAGAGAAAAACACGUCGAUGGUCGAGCUUAAGAACAAAGUGGACGAACUCACGCUCCACAACGAGUACCAGCUCCGGCUCAAGGACAUGAACUACAACGAGCACCUCAAGGAAGUCACGGAAAAGUUCACACACGAGAUUGAGCAAGAGAAAAACAAGUUUGAGCUCUUACGGGAAGACAAGAACGACAUUGAAAUGGAGUACGAAGAGCGCGUCAAGCAAAUGGAAGAGAAGCACGAGCAGCAAAUGCAAGAAGUCGAAGCCGAGUACCAACAGAAAAUCAUGAAGGAGGUCGAGCGGUACCAAGACGUGCUCACGCAGCGCGAGCACCAGCGCGUGCGCUGGCAGCAAGAACAGCAAGCGCUCGUUUCGACCCACGAACGCUACGUCUCGGAGGUCACGGAAGACUUCGAGCAGCGCUUGGACGAAGACCGACAGCUGCGCAUGCAGAUGGAAGACGACCGCGAAGAGCUCCACAAAGAGUACAUUGAGACCAAGACGCAGCUCGAGGAGGACAUUGAUGUCGAAAUCGAAGGGCUCAAAAAACGCUACGAAGACAAGUUGGCGGCCGAGCGCGAGGCAACGCUGCGUUACAAGGGCGAGAAUGGCAUCAUGAAGAAGAAGUUUACUGCGCUUCAAAAGGACAUCGAGGACCAGCGCGACGCGAUCAAAAAUCUUUUGGAAAAAGAAAAAGACCUGUUUGAACAAAUCAAGACGCUCGAGAAGGAAAUCCAGGCGCUCAAACGCGAAAUCCGCAGCCGCGACGAGACAAUUGGCGAGAAAGAAAAGCGCAUUUACGAUCUCAAAAAGAAGAACCAAGAGCUGGAAAAGUUCAAAUUCGUGCUCGACUACAAGAUCAAGGAGCUCAAACGCCAGAUCGAGCCGCGCCAAAGUGAGAUCGCCGACAUGAAGGAGCAAAUCAAGGAGAUGGACCGCGAACUCGAGCUCUUCCACAAGGCGAACGCGCAACUCGACAUUAUGAUUGGCGAGCAGCGCCGGCGCCUCGACAAGAUGCAAGCCGACAUCACGCGCAACCGCAAGAUCAUUGGUGACCAGCAGUCGCUCAUUCGACGAUUUCGCUGCGACCUCUACGACACGGUGCAGAGCAUCCAGAGCCCAAAGGAGCUCACGCAAAAGGUGGCGAGCAUGUACCACAAGUACGUGACGACGACGAUCGCAGUCGUCGACGUCGACGUCGACAUCCAGCACGAGUACAAGCGUCAAAAAGAUUACCUGGAGAAAUCCGUCGACGUGCUCAAGAAGAAGUACGCGCACGACGUCGCGACGCACCAGCACGAGAACAAUCAAGCGCGCAACGACAACAUGGCGCUCAUCGGCGAAAUCAACGAGAUCCGCGCCGCGCUCAACGUAAGCAAGGCGACGCUGCAAAAGGACAAGGCCAUUCUCGGCACGCGCGAGUACUUUUCGAAAAAAGGCGGCGGCGACGACGACCUCGCCAUCGUCGUCGACAACCAGCGCCAAGAGAUUGAGAGCCUUCGGCGCGCGGUCAAGGCCAUGGAAGACCGCUUGGAUGCGGCGCGUACGGGCGGGAUGCUCGCCCCCGUGCGCGGCAUCGAUGGGUAGUCGAUAUAAACUACCACAAUGACAGCCUACACAUCCCGACACAUCAG